CAAAAAAAAUGUAAAGCUUAUGCAGCUUAUUGCAAAUUGUGAAAGCUCUUGUGAAAUAUUACCAAGCAGCAGGUAUAUAAGUCGCCCAGGGGAAGAACCAUUUGUAUUAUCAACACGAUUUUCAAGAUGACCACAUCUGCUGUGGAAGCUCCCAACAGUGCAUAUCCAGAUCUAGAAAAGCGACUGGAAACGUAUUUGCGAAGAGUGUACUGCCUCAAGGAAAUCGAUACUACAAAUGGGUACGAUCCACACGAAGUGGAGUACUUUGGGGUUCUAAGCUUAAACGAUGUUCGAGCGCCACGCCGAAAACUGUGGUACAUGUACUAUGCAACAACAGAUCAAUUGGACAAAACAGUGGAUCAGAUCCACCGUAAAUAUGGGCAAAAGAAUAUGUACGAUCUAUUCAGAAAACCGGUAUAUACAGGGGUCGGAAUGCGAUCCCGGGUGAAGAACCACUUUAAAGGACUUAAGUGGCAUGUGAAAGGAAACAUUUUGGAAGCUCCCCCAGAGAGCUCCUAUAAUGAUGAAAAAGUAAUAAACACGAUCACGGAUUUAUAUCAGGACGAAAGGAGGAAAUAUUACGACUACCUCAUGUCUAGGAGUAAUUACUUUAAGUCGUACAAUUUUCUUCAUAUGAAUGCAUAACAGAUGUUCAUUUCUAAAUAAACUCUAAGAAUAAAGCUUUAAUAUAGUAAUGCCAAUAAA